CCUCCAGUAACUAGUGGAUGUUACGAUCCAACAUCAUCUUUUUAUCCAAAUUGCUGCUCAGCAUGUACGGUAUUAGUUGUUCUUAUUUAGUCAAGGAUUGGAUCGGUGAUAUUAUUUAUUUAUUUUCUCUUCCGCAGACUCUUCUAAACCCUUCUUAGUCCCAGAUCCCCGCACUCAGCCUACGAAAGGCUCUAUUUCUUUCCCUUAACCUUCUUCCCCAUUUCGCAUCUGUACGCUGGUGCUUUAGAUUUCACAGGAGGGCCAUUAUGACGUCGUCUCGAAUAACAAUAUCAGAAAUUCCCAAUUUAUCUCUCCUCUACAAGCUUAAACAUUUGAUCCCCGCCUCAAGUCCCCGGGUUUCCAAUCCCUCUCAACUCCUCAACAACUCGAUCUGUCUGAUUGCGAGCGAUAUCACAAAACUUGAAGUCGACUGCAUAGUAAAUGCAGCUAACAAGUCAUUGCUAGGAGGUGGCGGUGUUGAUGGGGCAAUCCACCGUGCAGCUGGUCGCGGCCUUCUUCAGGAAUGUCGUGCGUUGGGAGGUUGCGCUACAGGAGAUGCCAAAAUAACCAACGCUUAUAACCUUCCCUGUCGAAAGGUCAUUCACACUGUCGGUCCCAUGUUUUGGGCAGAUGAGGGCAGGGAAUCGCUUUUACGCAAUUGUUAUAUGCGCAGUUUAGCACUCGCUGCAGAAAGUGGUUUGAAAAGCAUUGCGUUCUCAUCAAUCAGCACAGGUGUCUACGGGUAUCCGAGUCUGCAGGCAGCAGAGGUCGCCAUUUCUGCAGUAAAGCAAUUUCUAGAAACAAGUUCCAAGCGUCUAGAACGGGUGAUAUUUUGCACUUUUGAACAAAAGGACACAGAUGCUUACCACACGCUUCUCCCAGAAUAUUUCCCACCAACAGAGCAAGAUCUAUCAACGGAGACAGAGAAAGACCGUAAAGAGUCAUCCCACCCGUCAUCCUCACCAGCGACACUCGCAGCUAGCCUGCCUGAUGCCCCUACCACAGAGCCUACCUUGGAAGGUCAGCGAGAUGCUAAGAAGCCCAGGGUUGGUACCAAUGUUUCAGGGAGUCGAGUUCUUGACAAGGAUGGCGAGAGAAGUGAGGAUGACUGGGAGAAGGUUGAGCAAGCCGAAGUGACAAACACAUCGGCGGAGCGCCUCGAUGAUGAGCCUGUUGAACUGGACGAUGCCCCUACUUCGGCAGAUGUCCAAAGCGUCGUGUCCAGCACUGUGGACCUCAAGGAAAGCAACUCUGCGGAAGGGAAGAAAUGAGAAUAUUAAUGAAAAAGAGCCAUGGAUAGUUAUAGCCUUCGUUUCUUUUCUUUUCUUUGCUUCUCUCUCUCUCUCUCUCUCUCUCUCUCUCUUUUUUUUUUUUUUUUUUUUUGCGUUCAUUUCUUUUAUAUUUCUACCUUAUUUUCAUCUCGCUACUCGCCAACCGCCGUCCUUUCACCGUCACCGUCCCGCUGCCAAUUUUCAGUUGAUUUACCAGAAUUCGAAUUGUCGUUAUGUGGGAAGCUAAAAUGAGAUAUUGACACCCGACUGAUAACUAUAUCACUAGGCAUUGCCACAUGCAUUACUCAUCGUCUCUUUAUAUACUGAUUUUCUUUUAGCCAUGUCUUUCACCAUUAACUUUUUUACUUUAACAGAGGGUGGAAGAACAAUUCAGUUUAUGGGAUUGGAGCAAUGCUGGCACAGGAAGUUAGGAGUUUUCAUAUGUUGAUAUUGUGCUUCUAUUUUCAUGUUCAGAAUCUAAUCCGCAGGGCUUUAUUUCCCUGUAACUAGGAACGACCAUCAUGAGCUGUUAAAAUAAGACGCUGUUAAAAGUAGCGUAUCCCCCCUUCCCAUGCCUAAAAUUAAGGGCGCUGCUUUUUUAGAGGAUUUAUUCCAAUCACCCUCCCUUUAUACUCCGUACCUUUACCUAGGUAGCUGGCUAUGUUUGUCCUGCUGUGUGAUGUC